AUGGACUUGCUCAAAAUCUUGGAUACCGCUCCGGAACCUGCCAUUGUAGAUGCUCGAACAAUGGGUGUUUCAGGCGAUGUAUCGGGCGAUUACUGGCUUCCAACGCCGAUGUGUCUGUAUCAGAAAAAACUGAGUGAACAGAUCGUGUCGCUCCACUAUUCUGACAUUCUGAAAUACUAUGAGACCGAGGACUACAACACAGAUGUAGUACUGCAUUCGAUGCAGACGAUGUGUCUCAAUAGCGAGUACGUUGCGACCCAUCCGUACUUGCUGAUCGACCACGGCAUGCCCAAGUCCCUUAUCACCAAGGACAUUCCAAACCAUCUGGCCGAAACGAGCGGGAAAUUUGCUGUUUUGAAAGACCUGGUCGGACUGAUUCAGGAUUAUAAGACGGAAACAGCACUGGUGUGUCGAUCAGGACGUACGAUGGAUCUGCUGGAGGCUCUCCUGCUGGGAAACAGGGUCAACAUCAAGCGUUAUUCUGGUACAUCGAUCAAGACCAAGCAGAAGGUACGCAAACACGCAUGUACGUGUCAUCUUUUCCCCUCCGAUGGGAGCCCCGACGGCUCCUCCGAGUUUAAAAUCGAUUCUAAGAUACACUUCGAUCUUCUCCUGUGUGUGGAUCCUUCAGUAGAUACAGCCAGGCCGUAUGUUCAACAGAUUUUGACCCAGAAUAGACCCGUGGAGGGCAUUGGGCAACGUGCGCCGAUUGUACGGCUCACCGCGAUCAACUCCAUCGACCAUUGCGAGCUUUAUCAUGGCAGAUUUCUGAAACCAGGAAGUCGAGAUUAUCUAGUCAAAGUUGCUGCUGCGGUGGUAGUACUAAGGGAUGUGGUUGGAACGCUGCCGCCGGACCUGCGACCAAUAUACUCUCAGGGACUCAGAUAUUUGCGCGAAUGGCUGGAAGACCCCAGCAUACCUUGGCCUUUGCCUGAUAUCUACCCCAUUAAAACAUACACUCCAGUUGAUGUUGAGAGGUCUUUGCUAACCGAAGUUCGCUACAGUCAGCUUGACGAUCCUUUGGCUCAGGCGCUAAACAACGGCCGUAAGCGUGGUCGGCGUCCUAAUUCAUUGCUUUACAAAGAUUCCGAGACUUCUUCCUAUUACCAACUGAAGAGGCUGAAAAAUGACUAUUCUACGAAUCCGCUCAAUCAGGAUGUAGCCCAGCUCACAGGGAUAUCGACCACCAAAAAUGGCGGAACCUUGAAUUAUCAUCUUUCGGGCGGUCUACUUACACACAAAUUAAUACAGGCCAUAGGAGAAGCAUAUAGUAAUUUGGAAAGACAGAAUGCAGAGCUCGAUCAUUUCCAGAGUAUAGAGGGAAAUCAGAUUAUUCGGGCAGAGGUGAUCAUGCAGGAAUACAACGAUAUCAAGCAAAAGGCCCAUGCUCAAACAACCAAUCAUGCGGUCAAUAUACAAGAGACCGCAAGGUUGACUAGCGUUGAAGAAGAAAAAACCCACGAACUUCGACGUAUAGAAAAGCAAACUGAAGAACUCAUGCGGGCUACUAGAGAAAAGGGUCCCGAGUAUGCGGAGUUGGCCGAUCUUUUCAUGCAGAUAACGGAAAUACAGGAAGCGAUUGAACAACAGAAGCGCUUGGCACACUCUCACAUGAGCGAACACAAAUAUAUGAUGGAAGAGGUCCAAAGGGCACAAGAUGCCAUUAAAGGCUUUAAAAAAGACGAAGCUGAGUUGGUGCAAGAAAUUGAGCUGCUGCAAGAAGGAAUAGAUAGAAAACUAGUUGAAGACGAAUCACAAUCAAUUAAGACGCAAGAGAGGAUCCAAAGAUUGAUGACUCAAAUACACGACGAGAGGGCAAUAUUGAACUCUGUAGAGAAAGAGAUGAGCUCUGUCACGGAACAAUUAAAAAAAGUACCUUACUCCCGGGUUCGCUCGACAAAUUCAACCCAACGUACCAAACAGAAGAGGUGA